AUGGAAAUGGGAAGAAGCGCGGCACUUCCUAGUGUUGCGGAGCAUGCGCAUGAGAGAGAGGCUACGGGAACGGGGGUAGCGGAAGAGGUGAUAAAGAAAUAUAGAGUUCAUGUUAGUUCGAAAUAUCUUGAUCUAACAAAGAAGAAAUUGGAAUUGACGCGAUUGCCGCACGAAAGGCGAGGGGAAGAGGAGGGCAAAAGUGGAGGGGAUGGCGAGAGUGAGCAAUUGAAUGAAGAGGGUGUGGUGACCAAGAAGGAGAUUGAGGGCUUGGUUGAUUAUUGGCUAGAAAACUAUUCCUGGCGCACAAGGGAGAAUUAUUAUAAUUCCACAUACCCGCAAUAUCGCACUACAUUCACGAUUCCGAAGUCUAACACCAAUGCUCCAGAAGGCUCGAGUCAAUCGCUACGCAUUCAUUUUAUACACAUACGCAGUUCUCGCGCAAAUGCAGUUCCGCUAUUGUUGGUUCCAAGUUUUCCGAACAGCAAUUUGAGUUUAGAUAUAGAAGGGUUGAGUAAAGAGUUAUGCGAGCCAGAGAUUUUGGGAGAGGACGUUCAAGAAUACGGAAUCGGACAGAGACGGGGACAUAAACAAGCUUUUGACGUUGUGAUACCAUCAAUACCAGGCACGGGAUUCAGCGAUGAGAUACCUGGAUCUAGAGCAGAUGUUAUGGGGGAGACAGCUAGAUUAUUUGGGCAAUUGAUGAAAAGGUUAGGUUAUGAAAAUUAUAUUGCAUCAAUGAUGGGGUCUGGGCGAGAGAAGGGUGGGGAAGUGGAUUAUCAUCUAGGCAGAGGGAUUGGUGACCUGGAAGGUUGUAGAGGUGUGCAUUUGAUCGAACCAAGAUGGGGAGUUCCGACUGUGAAAGAAGGAGUUUGGGAUUGGGUAAGGUGGAAGGUGGCAUUAUUUUUUCACGCGGGAGUUUGGGGGUAUGAAGAAGGGGAUUGGAGGAACUUGAGUUUGCAGAUGAGGAAAAAGGAACAUAGAAGCCCGACGAGAAUUUCCUUGUUGAGUGGGAAGAAGAGGAGAAUGGGAUAUGGAGCCGUUACGAGUAUUGGCUUGAGAGAACCAGAUGCAAUAGCUUACGCGCUUUGUGAUUCUCCAGUCGGCCUAUUGAGUUUUGUUGCAACAGCGCUCAAGAAGAAGAAUCCGAAGCAUCAAUUGAGCAAAGAGAAAAUUAUCGAUCUUUGUCAAUUAUGUUGGUUGCCUGGACCUGAAGCCUCGUUGCGAUAUUAUGCAAACGCAAUACAAGAAAGUGAGCAGUCAGAAGGAGAAAAGAGGAACCGCAAAAGACAAAGGGUAGCAAUAACGGUGUUUAAUGGAGAUGAAGGUUCUGUUGGAUAUAGUCCUCCUGCUUGGGGAAUGGGCAUACACGAAAUUGUUUUCGUUCAAAGGGUUAGUGGAAAGGCCGGACUUUUGGAAUGGGAGAGAUCGAAUGUUAUCUUUGAGGGUAUUCGUGGCUUGGCAAAAGAGGUAAUAAGAUUGGAUGACAAAAUUCAGCUGCGAAGAUUGGAAGGAGUAGUUGUUGAUGGGGGAUUGGAACAUCUUGAAUCCAGUCAUGGUAUGCAACUAGAUGUUGAGAGUCCGGAUACAAUUGUUGCAGGUUAA